AUGGACCCCCCUGGCUUGGCGGAACUCGCCAGCCCCUGGCAUCCGUGGCGGUUCCAUCUUCCGGACCUCUCGCCGAAUGGGCCGGAGGUCAAUCCUAUGGCGCCGCGUCCGCCGGCUCCUUUUGCUGAGGCCCGGGCUCGUCUCGCUCAGGUGCCUGCCGUAGGCGUUGUGGGAGCGCCUGUGGGAGGCCGCGAUCUGGGAGAGGUCAAUGUGCCUCGCGUGCCCAUAGGCGGCCCCGAGAUCGCGCGACCCGAGGAGCUAGGCGAAACCGCAGGCUCCUCCUCGGAGACCAGCACUGCCUGCACGGCGCUCUUCAAGGAGGAUUCCGGCGAGUUGGACCCGUCGGAGGAGCCUGUCCCGCCGACCACGAUCAUGAUGCGAAACAUCCCCAGCGAGUUCAGCGGAUAUAUGCUUCUGCAGCUGCUGAACAAGCACGGCUUUAAGGGGAGCUACGACCUGGUUUAUCUUCCGAUGGACUACCACAACAAGGUUGGCUUUGGCUACGCCUUCAUCAACUUUGUGGACGCCACUCAGGCGGAAAGGUUCCGGUACGCCUUUGAGGGCUUCCAUGACUGGGGCGUGGUGAGCGAGAAGGUGCGCUGGUUGCCUGCGGGUGACUGGGUGAAAGAUCACUUGACCAAGUAUGCGGACGAUUCGCACCUCCGCUGGCGUUUUCAAUCCUUUGAGCAGUUCGAGGCCAUCAUGCAAGAAGUUUGCCAAGUGUUUGUCUGCUUCCGUAAGUUUCACAUGAAGAUCAAUCUUGAGAAAAGUAAGGCCAUCCUCAAAAUGGUGGGCACCCUCAAACACAAGGUUCGCAAGGACUUCAUCCGGAAAACCAAUGCAGGCCAUCGACUAUUGCUCUCUCCCAGGAAUCCAGACAAGUGGCUGACCCUGGUGCAAAGCACGGAGUACCUAGGCGCCAUCGUGUCAUAUCAGCAAUUUGAGCUUCAAACAUUACGACAUCGCAUUUCGAAGGCCAACGCACGAAGAUGGGCACUGGCUUCUUUUCUGCACUCUCGCAGGAUAUCGGUCAAGCUUAAACUUCGCAUCUGGCAAAGCAGUGUUUUGUCUUCGCUCUUGUACGGAUUGAGCACAUGUGGGCUCACCGGAGGACAAGUGGAGGACAUCCAGCGGGUCAUCAUGAAACAUGUUCGGGCCAUCAUUUCGAACCAGGCGCAUCUCACAGGGGACAAACAUGAAGUCAUUAUCCGAAGAUAUCACAUUCCGUUGGCAGCCGAUCUCCUGCAAGCUGAACUUGACAGAGCCGGAGCGGCUCAAGCACAACAUGCAGAUUGGAUGUACGAGGCAGAGUGGCAAAUGCAUCUUCAGAGCAGGCUUCAGACCAUCACAGCUCCACCUUCUCAGGACACAGAGACGGCUACCUGGGCGUGCCCGGCGUGUGAGAGUAUCUUCAACACCCAAUCUGCCCUCAAAUGGCAUGCCAGGCGAAUGCAUGGCAUUGUGGAUGAGCGGGCGACGUUUGAUAAAACUCUUCACUCGGUACGAGGCCUUCCUAUCUGUCGGUUCUGUGAGAAGAAGUUCAGUAGAUGGCAAACCUUGGCGGAUCACAUCACCAAAAGAAGGAGUGCGGAGCCAGUGUCGGCAUUCGACGAGCUGGAGGACUUCUUUGGGGAGGUGAAAGCAGAGGGUCAAGCGACCAACAAACGAAGGAAGCCGGAGCCCGACAGGUCAUACAGACCGACAGGACAGCUGGGCCGAGCAGAUCCAUUAGUUCUUUCUUUGGCGCGGGCUGUGGUCCGUCAAGAGGAGGAACUGAAAGUGCUCAAGCAGGAUCAUUCGAUAGUGAUGUGGCUACGCCCAGGGGAAUACGGCAUCCUCCACCACCUUUAUGUGACGGCCAAAGCCUUCAAGCAGAAGCAACAGGUCCGGGUCAACAAGGUUCUAGCAGACGAAACCUUGCAGAAGAAGGCAGCAGACAUGGGUUGGCGAGAUCCAGCCACGGGUUGGAGGAACCCACUGACGGAUCAGCAGGUGCUCCAGGCCUUCAAGAUGCUGUACACGUCCCUGGACCAGGACACGGUUACCAGGUUCUCAUGCACAAGGAAGGUUACCGAAACGAUGGCGAACCAAGCUACAUUCCUUAUGGACAUCUCGGUUCGCACACCGGCGGCCAUGGAAGCUUGGAAAACCAUGCACAUGCUUCAGGGCUGCUCUGUUCUGCAGCUCGGCGGGAUGGCGUACCGAAGGGACACGUUGAAGUGCAGCCCUCUGGUGGAGAAGAUCAAGGUGCUCUGCUGGCUCCUUCAUCGAGAUCCUGAUCGACUUGCCUCUCUGGGGCGAUGUGCUCAGUUCCUCAAUGGCUUGAAGAAUGGCUCCUUUGAAAAGUCGCAUAACUUGUUGAACAACUUCCUCUGGAGGCUCCUGCUACGUGGAUGGACCGAUGUUCAGAGGCAGCAUGAUGUCAUUGAGUUCGCGGCUCACAUUAACAACAAACAUGAACUUCAGCUGUUUCAAGGACAAUGGGAGACGCGGAAAGUUUUUGAAGGGGUACCCAGUGCCAUUGAAAUGGGGCUCACGACUCAGCCUCUUCAGCUAUACAUGCCGGAACUACCUCCUGGCCUCGAUGCUCCUCUCAGUAUUCAAAGGCUCAUGGACCACUGGAUGCAUCAUGAUGGGGUUUCAGCAUUUACUGUGGCGCCCUCAAUCCUCCUUCUACAGAUUGAUCGCUUUCAAAAUGUUCGAGGGCGUAUCUCGAAACGCAUGGAGGCUGUCAACAUUGGGGGCAAACUGAGAGUGCCUCUCUUCACAGGCAUCGGUAUGGGUAUCCGCAUCAUACCGUAUCGACUGACUGCGUACAUCACUCACUUUGGGAUGCACCCACAAUCAGGGCACAAUGUUUGCACUCUGGUGCAGGAGGCAGUGCACUGGCGAUGUGACGAUGAGCGGACAGCUGUACAGGGGAAUGCGCUGAGCUUUGAACAUGCUUCCAAUGUCUAUAUGCUCAUCUACGAACAGACUGAUGUUUCUUCGCAUGACGUGUGA